GCUGUGAUUUUCAGGCUCCGCAUUCAGUGUCGUAGCUGUGUAGCGUCCGUGAUGGCAGGGAGAAACCGCCUCUCCCGGUCACUUUAAUAUGCUCCCUGUUGUGGGGAGAAGGGUGUUACCGGACCAGUCUCAACAUGACCACCGGCUUCAGCUCCGGUUCCUGCCGGUUCGCAGAUUAUUUUGUCAUCUGCGGACUCGACACCGACAGCGGGCUGGAACCCGACGAACUGUCCGCUUUAUGCCAGUAUAUAGAGGCUACUAAAUUCAGAGAUGGGGCCAGAGGAAAAUUGGCACAGGCAGAAGAAGGUGAGAAUUUUGAGCAGAGUCCAUUACGACGAACCUUUAAAUCCAAAGUUCUAGCACAUUAUCCCGACAAUGUCGAGUGGAAUCCAUUUGACCAGGAUGCAGUGGGCAUGCUCUGCAUGCCAAAGGGCCUGUCGUUCAGGACGCAGGUCGAUUCUCGAGAGCCACAGUUCCACUCAUUCAUCAUCACCAGAGAGGACGGCUCUCGCACCUACGGCUUCGCCCUCACCUUCUUCGAGGAGGUGACCAGCAAGCAGAUCUGCAGUGCCAUGCAGACUCUUUACCACAUGCACAACGCAGAGCAGUACGACAUCUUGCACACUCCCACCUCACCGCAGGGACCCAAGGAGCAGCGACACCUUCAGUCCCAGCCUCGUCCCGUGCUCCACGCUGCGCCCGCCAUCUCCCGCCUGCAGCGCUUCAAUUCGUACGACAUCAGCCGUGACACGCUGUAUGUGUCAAAGUGCAUCUGCCUGAUAACGCCCAUGGCUUUCCCUCAGGCCAGCAGGAAGGUGUUGCAGCAGCUCCAUCAGGCCGUCUCGUCCCCCCAGCCCCCACCUCUCCCACUGGAGAGCUACAUCUACAACAUCCUCUACGAAGUCCCGCUGCCGCCUUCCGGACGUUCCCUCAAGUUUUCAGGCGUCUACGGGCCUAUAGUUUGCCAGAGGCCGAGCACAUCUGAGCUGCCACUCUUUGACUUUGGCAUUAGAGAAAUGUUUAAUCUGCUGGGCGUAGAGAACGUUCUGCAGCUGUUCACCUGCGCACUGUUGGAGAUGCAGAUCCUGCUCUACUCGCAACAUUACCAGAGGCUGAUGACGGUGGCAGAAAGCAUCACGGCCUUAAUGUUCCCCUUCCAGUGGCAGCAUGUGUACGUUCCCAUCCUGCCCGCCUCCCUCCUCCACUUCCUGGACGCUCCUGUGCCGUAUCUCAUGGGCCUCCAUUCGAACGGACAGGACGACCGCACCAAGCUGGAGCUGCCACAGGAGGCUAACUUGUGUUUUGUGGACAUUGAUAAUCACUUCAUCGAGCUGCCGGAGGAGUUGCCCCAAUUUCCCAACAAGCUGGAGUUCAUCCAGGAGAUCUCCGAGGUGCUCAUGUCCUUCAGUGUGUCUCCCGAGGGAAAUGUCCCCUCCAGUGACGGCCAGGCCAAAAGGUGGGGCUUCCGAUCUGUCGAUAUGGUCUCGGACAACCGCAACGGCAACCUGGCGUCACCGCUGAACUCGUACCUGCUGAGAGAAAACGAAACUAUAGCCAGACUGCAGGCUCUGGUUAAGAGGACGGGUGUGAGCCUGGACAAGCUGGAAGUGAGAGAGGACGCCAGCAGCAAUAAGGACAUGCGGGGUCAUUGUGACGAGGAGGAGCUGAAGAUGCACCAGAUCAACAUCCAAGUACGCGAGGUCUUCGCCAACCGCUUCACCCAGAUGUUCGCAGACUACGAGGUGUUUGUCAUCCAGCCGAGCCACGACAAAGAGUCCUGGUUCACUAAUCGAGACCAGAUGCAGAACUUUGACAAGGCCUCCUUCCUGUCGGACCAGCCUGAGCCCUACCUGCCCUUCCUGUCUCGAUUCCUGGAGACGCAGAUGUUUGCCUCCUUCAUCGACAGCAAGAUCCUCUGUCAUGACGAUGAGGACAAGGAGCACACGCUGAGGGUGUUCGACUCCCGCGUGGAUAAGAUACGCAUGCUGAACGUCCGCACGCCCACACUUCGCACCUCAAUGUACCAAAAAUGCACAAACAUUGAAGAAGCAGAAAAAGCCAUCGAGAUGAGGGUGUCAAAGAUCGACCACACUGCCCUCCACCCGCACCUGCUGGAUAUGAAGAUCGGUCAGGGACGCUACGAGCAAGGCUUCUUCCCACGGCUGCAGUCUGAUGUGCUCUCCACUGGGCCCACCAGCAACAAAUGGACUAAGAGAAGUGCUCCUGCCCAGUGGAGGAGGAGGGACCGACAGAAGCAGCACGCCGAGCACCUUUAUUUAGACAAUGACCAGAGAGAGCAUGUUGAGUGUUUGUUACCAGAGCUGCAGCUCCUGCUGUUUCUUGACUACUACUGGCUCUCACAGUCCUUCAAGCCUUGUCUAAAGUCGGUGACUGUGGACGUGAAGUACAUCCAGGAAGCCAGAAACCUGGGCACGACCAUCAGACAACCCAAACUGUCCAACCUGUCACCGUCUGUCAUCGCUCAGACUAACUGGAAAUUUGUGGAAGGAUUGCUGAAGGAGUGCAGGAACAAGACCAAGCGCAUGCUGGUGGAGAAGAUGGGUCGGGAGGCCGUGGAGCUUGGUCACGGAGAAGUGAGCAUCACCGGUGUGGAGGAGAACACUCUGAUCGCGAGCCUCUGUGACCUGCUGGAGAGGAUCUGGAGCCAUGGGCUGCAGGUCAAACAGGGUAAAUCUGCCUUGUGGUCUCACCUGCUGCAUUAUCAGGAGAGCAAAGAGAAGAAUAAUGCAACGCCGGGUAGUCUGGGACCUCCAGGUUUUAUUCAUGACACUGAGAGACGUAAAUCUGAUGGCGGAGGAUUAGCCAUGCCGCCUCUUAAAGUCUCCCUGAUCCACGACAUGAGACACAUUCAGAACAUGAGUGAGAUCAAGACAGACGUGGGCAAGGCCAGAGCCUGGGUUCGCCUCUCGAUGGAGAAGAAGCUGCUCUCCAGGCACCUGAAGCAGCUGCUUUCAGAUCACGAGCUGACAAAAAAACUGUACAAGCGCUACGCCUUCCUCCGCUGCGAUGACGAGAAGGAGCAGUUUCUUUACCACCUGCUGUCCUUCAAUGCCGUGGACUACUUCUGCUUCACUAAUGUCUUUACAACCAUCAUGAUCCCCUACCAUGUGGUGGUUGUUCCCAGUAAGAAGCUGGGUGGCUCCAUGUUCACCGCCAACCCGUGGGUUUGUGUCUCCGGUGAGCUGGCAGAGACCGGAGUGCUGCAGGUUCCCCGAAAUACUCAGGAGAUUACUUUUGAGUGCCAAAACCUGGGCAAACUCACCACAGUACAGAUGGGCCAUGACAACACGGGGCUCUAUGCAAAGUGGCUCGUCGAAUGCGUCAUCGUCCGCAACGAAAUCACAGGCCACACGUACAAGUUUCCAUGCGGCCGCUGGUUGGGGAAGGGUGUGGACGACGGCAGCCUGGAGAGGAUCCUCGUGGGGGAGCUGAUGACUCCCAGCACGGAGAACGACGAGAGGAUGUGCCGCACGCCCCCGAUGCAGCAGUCACCCGGGAUGAUGAGGAGGUUUGUUACCAUCUCGCCAAACAGCAAACCAAAGUUGAACACCGGUCAGAUCCAGGAGGGAGUGGGAGAGGCCAUCAAUGGAAUUGUGAAGCACUUCCAUAAACCGGAGAAGGAGAGAGGCAGUCUGACGCUUCUCCUCUGCGGGGAGUACGGCCUCGUCUGGGCUCUGGAGCAAGUUUUCCAGCACGGCUUCAAGUCACCGCGACUCUUUAAAAACGUCUUCAUUUGGGACUUCUUGGAAAAGGCACAAGUAUACUUUGAGAGCGCCGAGCAGCGGGAGGCGACCCCGGAUGAAAACUGGCAAACCCGAGUGCGCCACUUCUGCCGCUUCAUGCGCGCCAUCAACAUCACGCCCAGGAACAUCGGCAAGGACGGGAAGUUCCAGGUGCUCGUCUGUCUGGGCGCAAGAGACCAUUUACUGCAUCACUGGAUCGCUCUGCUCGCAGACUGUCCGAUCACUGCUCAGAUGUACGAGGAAAGCGCGCUGAUGAAGGACCGCUCGUUGGUGAACUCCCUGAUCAGAGUGCUGCAGACUCUGCAGGAGUUCAACAUCACUCUGGAGGCUUCGCUCGUCAAAGGUGUUGGUAUCUAAACCAAACCGACCAACUUCCCACCGGACGCACAAGACCAGGAAGAUCACUGAGGGCCAUUAGAAGGACUAAUGGAACCGUUUAUAUGCAGGAACAGACUUGAACAAAGGACAUUUUCUGGCUUAUCUUAAAACUACUGUUACAUUUGCCAUAUAUUAAGUGCAAUGAGCCUUUCAAGAUUUGUUGUUAUUUUUAUCCUCGAUGAUGUUGCCAUUGGAUGUUAAAACUAUGUUUUCUAUAUUUUCAAAUUAUUGACAAUGACCUCCUUGUGCUCUGAUGUGUCAUUGAAAGCUAAAUAUUUUCAUUGUUAUUGUGAACCGUCGACAAUGGCUAUAUUUAAGGCGAAGCAAGGAGCAAAACUGUUAAUAUAUUUUCAGAGAAAAACAGUAUUAUUUUGUUAAGUCCGUCAAAUUGCUUGCUCUGUCGUCAACUCAGAGUCCAGUGUCAUAUCACAGAGCUUAAAGCAAAUGAUGUAGAAGUAUGCUUUAUAAGUAUGUGUUUGACAGGAAGACGAUUCACCUGCGUUACAUUUGAGCCUUUUCCCUGAGAAGUGUACAAGUAUGCAAACCUUUUACAUCAGAGAAAAUGUUCCCUCUUGCUUUUUAAUACUGUGUGAUUUAAGCCUGUGUCCAGUGAUUGACCGUAAUAUUCAGUUGGAUGAUGAGAAAACACCACAAGUCUUUGGUUUGUAUUCCAGACACACGUCCUCCAAGUGAUGCUUGACCGACCCAGCUUUCUGUGCUCAUCACAAUGACCGCCUUCAUAGAAAUACCUCCAACCAGCAGUUCCCAGUCUGUCAGUCACAUCUUCCUGCUCUCUGUGAGGAUCUCCUGCUUCUCAUGUGGGGGACCAACAAGGAAUGCUCCUAUCCCCCCACCCCCCCGACAGAUCUUAUCGUGGUUUCUUGCUAUGCAAUAUCCAGUCGAGAAAAUUCAGCCCCUGACAAACUCCACAUUCUAGUGUCUUGAGGAAUUACCAGGCCCUCCUCUGUCACAUAUGUCAAACUUUACUGUGCAGAAUAAGAUAUUUGAUAUGUGAAGGACUUAUUUUCUGUGCCAACAAUGUCUAGAAUGAACUGUGUUGUACUCGUCUGUGUACGACCCACACGUGAGCAUCUUGGGAGAAUAUAUAUUUUUGUUUUCAAUACGGUUGUACAGAUAUUGACAUAGCUGUGUAAUGUAGUGUUUACUAAGUGAGCAACAGUGUACAGUGUAAAAAUAUAAUAAGAAUAAAGCAUCUGUAAUGUGUUGCAA